AUGGUAGUUAAUAUCCAUUGCAUUAUGCGAAGGUCAUAUAUUCGUAGCAAUUUGAUUAUGGUUAGAACAUAUGCCACUGCGAGCGAACCUAUAGACCAUCAUUCUAAGAACAAUUUACAGCCUUGGCCCACUUCAAAGAAGCCUACACCUUACGAAAUAUUUCAAAUUGAUCCGAAGGAUGAGAAUCUUUCUGUGUUGGAAUUCAAUAAGAUUUUGAAGAGAAUACACUCCAACUACGUGAAGAUUUAUCAUCCUGACAUAUCAAGUAAUAUCGAAAUCCUUGAUUCCAAGCAGCAGCCAUUGACACUGCAGAUGAAAAGGGAUAGAUUUGAUCAGAUAAUGACUGCUUACGAACUUUUGAAAGACCCAAGAAGAAGAACGGCGUACAAUAGAUAUAAGGGCACGUCGUGGGAUUCAUAUCUGACACAGAAGAGUACGUCAUGGGAUUCGUACCGUAUGGCCAACGCCCAUAGGCAGAAAUAUAAAUUUGAGAAUGACGAGGAGUUCUGGCGAGCUGGGACUUGGGAAGAUUACUACAAGAUGAAAUUUAAACGUAAACCACCCACAAAGGAAGAACUAAACAAAAACAAGUAUAAGAUCCUCGCCGGAGUCCUUGCCGUUGUAGGUCUUACGUCUGGAUUGGAAGUAAUGCUUGCGUUGAACAAAACGAAAGAAGUGCAGCGUCAGAACACGCUACUGAACUUGAGAUCAAUGCAAGACUUGCAAAGAAGCCAAGACAACUAUGGAGAAGAUACUACUCGUUUCCUGAGAAUCAGGCGGUUUUUGUUACAGAGAAGAUCCGCUUUUGUAAAUGCCGAUGAUGCAAAUUUUGAAAAACUUAAGAAUGAAGAUAGCAGAGUUUUAAGAAAGUACGCCCAGCAGCAAGUCGAUAAGUUCUAG